AAGAGGUUCACAGAUCUAAAGAAAAAAAAAUCAAACCUUUUUCAUCGUAGAGCAAAGCUAAACCAGAAGAAAGGGGAAAUGGACGCAAUUGACUCAGUUUUCGAUCCACUGAGAGAGUUUGCUAAGGACAGUGUUCGUCUCGUCAAGAGAUGCCACAAGCCCGAUCGCAAAGAAUUUACCAAGGUUGCGUUACGAACAGCGGUCGGAUUCGUUGUUAUGGGGUUCGUAGGAUUUUUCGUCAAGCUCAUCUUUAUCCCUAUUAACAACAUUAUUGUUGGAUCCGGUUAGGCCUUGUCAACGUUUGCUGAAAACCGGUAGAAUGUUUAAGUUGAGAGGUACGUCAUGAGUUUAUGAAGUAAUUCCAAUUUAGACUUGGGUUUGUCUUUAAAUUCAGUUUUGUUGAAAAAGGGUUCAAUUUUGGUGUUUGUAAUAGAAUCUUGUUGAAGCUAGUUCAAUCUUUUGACUUGAUACAAACAAAGGCAAUAUGUGUAGAUUGUGGUACGCAUUUAUUUUAUACCAAGUUCAAACACAUUUCGCACAGCAAA